UGUGUGGUUACCCGAGGCUAAGGUAGAAUGUCGCCACAGUAUGCCCAGAUGCUCAGCUUGGUUUUUGCUCUCACGUGGAUGUCAACGACAACACGCGCCAGCUACGGCCCCUUUCAACGUUACGCCACACGGUCCUAUGGGCCUCCCGUGUACCCUCCCUACAGAACCUACUACAACCCUCUGUCAAACUGUCUGAAGAUGGUGUACGGCAAGGAUAUGUUCUUUCGCCUUCCCUUUUCCUCUAUGUCUCCGUUAAAAACCUUGGACGACUCCAACGCCCAGGGCAGCGUGAGGAGAAGCUAUGGAGAUAUAUUUAUGACCCUUGGUCAACUGAAGGAGUCCUUAGGGAUCUCGUCAUCUGACCAUAUCAACUGGAAGGAUGGAGUUCACUCCCCUGACAACAGGCCCGCAACAAGCGCCAGCAUCAUCGGUAGAAACGGGUUGCAGAUCAACUCUGAUGUGUGUUGUUCAACGAAUGAGGUGUUCUUCAUCAACGAUACCUUGGUGGAUGUGGAGAAUAUCACAAGGAAGAUUGCCCAGCUGAAUAGGAUUGGGGCAUACCAGUUUAUACGCCAUGGAUUUUGUGCGUUUAAGGGGGCGUGUCAGGGCGAGUGUCUGCAGCACUACAUCAACCUACCGCUGGCUGUUGAUGAACCGGGGGCCGGUUUACCAAUCAUGUUCCGCUUUUUCAAGGUUCCCGGAUACUGCUCGUGUCGAGUAAUUGGAUUUUAAAACCAAGAACGAUUUUGCAAAUUUAGUUUUCAAAUAAUAUGAUGAUCUCUUUCCCUUUUUAACGAGUUAGUAUAUGCGAUUCGCCUACGUGUUUCAUACUUAACAAGUUUUAGAUUCGAAUUCUUUACAUAGAACAGAGAAGUAUGUUUCAUUUAACCCUCAACAAACUGAGGCAGAGGACUAUCGCCACGUCACAUCUUUUGUUUCACAUAUUCCAUUGGCCAGAGAGCAAUACCAUCUCAGCGUCACGCCGUCCCUCAGAGCAUAUCAUGAAGACUGGCUCGCGGCUGUCUUUGCACUGCGAUUUACAUAUACAUACUACUCUUUUGAGCAGUAUAAUUUUUGUCGCUUCCCAUGUUAUGGGUGCUGUUUUCUGUACGUCCUAAAGCACAGUGUAGAGUUACAAAUGUAAUAAUUUAAAAUAGUUUUUUUUUCAAUAUUCAAUAAAACUCUGAUAAAAAUAGAUUAUUUUACGUCCGCUUCCUCGGCCUUGCCAGAAGGUUGAAGCGCUUGGUCUGCACGUGAAGUUCAUCCAACUGUGUCAGCUGGCUACCUCGUCACCCCACGAUUGCAUGUGGACACACGAAUUAGCUGUGCAGAAUUGCGUCCCUUUGAUGUGCCAGGAUCCGAUUCACCGGCCGAGUCAACUGUCAGAUCACACACUUCCUACAAAUGUUUUUUUCCCCUAAUCUGUCAAGAAAUGUGCAGAUCUAUAAUGCUAGGAGCGUAUUUUUAUACAGAAUCAUGACGAACAUAAAUUUGAAAUUGGUGAUUUCGGAAAGUCCCUUCAUUUUUAAAAAAAGUGUAUAUGUCGCCAAUCAAAGGUCUUCGCCGAAUUUCUAACACGGCCUAUUCUGCAUUUCCUUCGACGAUUAAUUUGCAGCAUUCUUACAUCAACAAACAGCCAUAUCUACAAUAUGUUUUUUAUAUUCUCAAAGCCUUUUAGAAUUGAUUCAUGUAGACUUGAUUCAUGACUUAUUUAUAGCUUAGCACUUGUGGAUAUUGGAAGAAAACUCUGACAUGACCAUAUUUUCCUACCUGAUUUAUGCUGUGCAUGGCGUUGUAUAUAGGUUAUACUCAAUCGCAUUUAUUUAAUAUUCGAAACAGUCAAGUUGCAUGACUAUAAACAGGGUAAAUAUGAUUUACCGAAUUCGACGAAAUAAGCGUCCAGGGCGCUCUCAAAAUAGAAAUAGGGGGCUCUUAUUAGAAUAUUAUUUUGGUGGGGAAAAAAAACAGAGUUGAAAAAUAAAUUUCGUGGUUUAUGCUGACAGCCUGAAACAUUUAUA